AUGAGUAGAGAGAGCUGGUUAUUUUUGACGUCUGCAGAAAAAGAGCAGGUGCUAGCAGCCGUGGUGAUGACAUCUCUGGCACUUCCACAACAUCAAGAACAACAACAACAAUGGAUGCCAUACAACAGUGACCUUCAACAAUAUUUACAACAUUAUGAUCAACAGUUCCAACCGAGCGAGCAUUCCAGCGGGUACGACUUCGGCGGUGGCUCCUCAGACCAUGGGGAUUUCGGCCAAAGCUAUGGGGGUCAUGACCUACAAUCCCACUCUUACCCCGUCCACCAACACAUUGAAGAGGAAAACCCAGAACCCAUCAAGCAUUAUAAGGAAGUAGUUGUCCCUAUUCCUAAAAACGUAGAAUUCAAAGUCCAUCAACCUGUGCUAAUUCCGGUCCCGCAUCCCGUUCCCAUCCAUGUUCCAGUCCCAAAAGCGGUGGUUAUCCCAAUCAUUAAAGAAGUUUCUAUCCCAGUUGAAAAAUCAGUCCCUUAUCCAGUAGAGAGGACCGUUCAUGUCCCCAAAAUUAAGGAAGUACCCUUCGAAGUUAUCAAACACAUUAUAGUACCUGUGGAAAAACCCGUACCUUUUAAAGUACCAGUUUACGAGACCAUUAUUCAUACUAAAAAGGGAUCACAUAAAAUA